AUGGAUGGCGCCUUGGGCUGUCAUGCAUCAGCUUCUCCGGCUGAGUUCUGGUCAACUAUUGAGGCUUCGACAGAGAUCUUUCAAAAAUACGAUGCUGCUAGCAUGGAGCGACUUUGUGAACAUGGGGCGAGUCUCAGCUGGGAUGGGCAACACAUUACACUGCAGGUGCCACAGAGCAAUCGCAUGUGGCAGGAUUUUCUUGAAGACUUCCGCCAACCGCAACGGCAUGCUUAUGUCUAUCUUUCCCCGAAGAGCCGCAAGUGGAGAAUUGAAGUCUCUGCAGCCAUAGCUGUGCUUCUCAAGCAGGGCAUAGCUCUGGAUGUGCCAACCCAUAUGGAGCUUUUCCAGGUUGCCGCCUCCGUUGGCCACGUGUCCUGCCUUGUGCUUGGAUUAGAUCGAAUCAAUCUUCUACCAAACAGGGAUGAGUGGCAAGCGACCUUCGUCCGAAAGUGCAAGAGGGCAGUUCUCAUGGGCUGUCACUUCGAAAGAUCCUCGCUUCGGCAAGGACGCAGCUUUGCAGAGUGUGUGAGAUUGCUUGCCGCCCUCGAGCCUUUCUCGGCCGACGAGUUCGCGGAGUGCCUCUCACCCCGGUCAGCAUUCUCGGCCGUCCAGUGGGUCGAAGCAGCUGGAGUUGAAGCUGGUGCGCUCUUUUCCGGCCUUAUUAGGGUGCCGAAUAUCGGAGCCGCUAGCAGGCUGGCAGCACAGCACACAGACAAAGUACUUGCAGGUGUUGAUGACCAGGACCGGCAGUUCGUCGAAGACCUGGCAGAGCGUGAGGCACUUCGAAAUCGGGGCACCAGCACCAAACUGGAAGCUAUUCUCCGGUGCACUUCUACCGGUAUCGAGAUGGACGGGUUUGAAGAGCAUUGUAACGGCCGCAUCCGUAUUCGUCGGAAGUCGCCCGGGGAGAGUGUUCCUUGGCCUCUGAAUGAUCCAAAGGAACUCGAAUGCUUCGGGACACCUGCAGAGCGCUUCAAUGAAGGAAGCUACGACCAAUAUUCUUUGCCUGAUUGUGCCUCUGGGCUCAUGGUGCAGGCCGUGCACAACUUGCGCAAGCCAAUGUUCGUGUUCUUGCUGCUGAUGCGUGGCAAGGUGAUUUCAACUCGACGGAACAGGUGCCCGCUUGCAUAUUUUACGCACGACGACGAGAACUACACUCUCUUGCAGUGUGUGGUAUGUGCAGACCUUCAUUCUGCGCAUCGGACACUGGUGGCCGGACAUGCUCGCAAGAGACUCUUUCUUCAGAAGGUUCUGGCUGAACAAGGUGCCGCAUCUUGCCGUUAUCUCGUGGACAAAGUUGUGGACGAUAAGCCGUGGUGCGCGAGGGCAUUCAUCCACUGCUGUGAGGUGUUCUUGGUCGCGAAGGGCAGAUGGUCGCGCAGCUGCAUUCGAAGCUCGUCUGCGCUGCCAGCAGAGCUGCGUGAGGUGUUGAGGCAGAUGCAACCGGCACAGGAACAGCCAAAGCAUGCUAGCAGAGUGCUGGAUGCUCUUGGGCAUGGCAGCCUUGUCUUCAAAACCGUGAAGGAGGGCGGCCAGGGUGGCGUCGGCGUACCAGGAACUUGGCUUGAAGAGAAUGGCCAUGGGGAUCUCGUGGGCCUCCCCUUCGAAGCCGUCACUAAAGAAAUCGUCCACCUUCGUUAUCGUCGUUGGUGCCGUUGCUAUGCGGCAAAGCUGAUGCGCAUGCUGAUCCGGUGUACGCAGGAGACAUUCAAGUCAAUGGAAGCGCAGCUCCAGUGCUUGCUGCAACACUCUUCUUCAACUCGUCGCCUGCUGAUGAAGCGCUGUGCUAUCGUGACUGAUCAGCUUACACCAAACCUUCGGCUGCCCUACGGUACGUUGGGACCUUCGACACCCUUCUGGCCUCUGCUGUCGGAUGCUGACAAAGAAGUGUUGUUGGCAACGAAGUUGCAGUAUGGAUGCCAAUGCUUCGAAUGGUCGGUCUCGUUCAAGCUUUCUGCUUUUGCGUGGCUUGAACGCGGAGAAGGGGACCAGACUCAUCAAACUCAGAGCCACAUCGCUCGUGGCUGGUUCAGGAUCCCGGCACUGCGCUCCUGGCCUCCCCCCGGCUUCGUCUUUUGCAAAGCAGGAUCUGUUGCUGACACAGCGUCUGGUCCCGAGCAGGAGUUUGAAGAGCGUACGUUGCUGAGAGUUUUGGAGGAGGAUGGAGACCGUCUGCUUGUACAACAAAUGUUCCAUGGUCGCCAAACGGACCCCUUUCUUCGCACUGACCCGGCGAGCAGUGCGACAUGGAUACAGCGGGAACUCACACUCCAAAUCUGCCCUGGUGACGAAGUCGAAGCACGUUUCGACUUUGACCCUAGCGACCCUCGCGACUUCAGGCUUCCGCCACCCGGGCAGGAUGACAAAUUGAGUCUUAGCCUGGGUGUCCAAGCGAUUCGCAGGAAGCUGGAGAAGGAUCACUAUAACUUGUCUGCGCCCUAUUGCAUGCCAGCUUGGACAGUGCUUCCCCGGCUUCACUGUGCAGUCUUGGGAGGCAGUAUUCCGCUUAUGCAACACUUCCUGCACCAGGGCGACCCUGUCGAUGAGAUCUGCAGCAUUGGGUUAUCUCCGCUCCAUUUGGCGGUGGCUUCCAUGGACAAACGAUCAACCGAGCUGCUGCUGAAGGCGAAAGCAGAUUUCACGGUGCCCGCCGCAUGGAAAGGGGCCAGCUACGACUUGAUGCCGUGGAUGCACUAUUGGUCGCUGCAGAACUCGCGACCGCACCCAUCACGGCACUGUGGCCGUGACGAUGCUGAGCAGGCCGCGUUGAGCAAGGAGCUGCUGGCCAGGUUUCAGCUGAGGCAUGCGGCACCAUCGCUACCCACGUCGAGCUUCCUGUCCUUGGGCUCUGCCGCAGCUCCGCAGGCCUUGUUUUCCCUGUCCAAGUCCAUUGCAGCGAGCCUGAGAUUUGAAGCCGCCAAAUGCUCAGCAUUCAUGGAAGACCUCAUCAUUCGGCAGAGAAGCUUGCGGGCUUUGAAAGCCAGUUCGAAUGCGUUACAUGCCAGUUUGGAUCGAGAUCAGCUGGCGGUGAAGCUGGAAGAGGCAAGUAGCACCCUGGAGAGGGAGCGUUCAGUCCGCAAAACAGAGGCAGGUAAGUUGCAAGCGGCGCUCCGGAACGUCGAGCAGCAGAAUCAAGAACUCCUCCAAGUGGUCCAGACGAGAGCCGAAUCUCUGUCGAAAAGUUCGCACGCCGAAGACCCCUGUGACAUGCAGCUAAGCACCCAAGACUCACACCGUGAAGCGGUGGCACCGCAGGGCGAUGAUGUGGUAAACAUCAUCCGGUCGCAGAUGCUGGAGUCGCACGGACCCUUUCGAGAGAUGGCCAUAGGUUCUCUGGACCAUUUUGCAUACAAUCUGGUGAACCACAGUGCUCACUGCAUCUUGGAACUCAUCCAGAAUGCUGACGAUGCAGAAUAUGCAGACGGAGUGCGUGCGUCACAGCACUUCAUUGCUGGUGAGCCGAGUGAGCAGUGGCCACACGGAUAUCUUGUUGCUGCCUGCAACGAGCGAGGCUUCUCUGGGUCAGAUGUGAGGGCGCUUUGCAACAUCAACCAGUCACAGAAGGCCGUCGCAAAGAAUAAGACCGGCCGGAAAGGGAUCGGUUUCAAGUCCUGUUUCUGCAUCAGUGACAGGGUGCAUGUCUUUUCCGGAGAGUUUUCCUUCGUGCUGGACGUGGCCAAGUACGGCACUCUCGGCAUGGUGACUCCGGAGAAGGUGUCUGCUCCAGCGCUCUUGGCGGAUUUGCUCAAAGACUUCAACACAGUUCUGUUUCUGCCGCUGAAGCAGACAUCGUCAGAAACACCUUUCUUGGACCAGGUCACGGCACAGCUGCACCGCUUGUUCGACACCAGCGAGGCAGCGUGCCUUCUCUUCUUGAGACGGCUGCGUCGGGUUACAUUCAUGGUGCGAGGCACUGAGAAGACGCUGGAGCUCCAGGCUCAACGCUUGGACGCUGAGGAUGGCCUGUCCAUCAGUCACGAGAAACUGUCUCAAGUCGGCCACCAAUGCUUGGAAUAUGCAGUUGCGAGGGUGCAGGUCUCGACCCAGAAUGCACCCUUGAGGAAUCACCAAGGAUCAGUUGCUGCCGCAGCGUACACGGAGAUCUCAGUGGCGGUGCCACUCCACGAGGUGGACAAGAAUCAAGAGCUGGUUUUCUGCACGUUGCCCGUGCGAGCCGAGGGCUUUUCUUUUGCCAUCAAUGCUGACUUCGACCUCGUAGCCACCCGAAGCGAGCUGGAGCUCACAGCCUUUAACAGUUUCCUUCGCCGUGCCAUUGCCCAGUUGCUGGGGCGUGCCCUGCAGAACCCAAGCUUCAAGAACCUCGCAGACCGGCCGGGCUCGCCAGCACUCACUCGCAUCUUGGAGCAUCAAGUCAACGACCUGUGGUGGCUGGCGCUCAUAGAGGACUUGGGGGCGCAGCUCUCUGAUGUGCCCUGCGUGCUCUGUGAGCCUUGCAGCGGGCCAUGCUGCGGAGGGCAGCGCAUGCAUCAUGCACCGAGGGACGUGCUCCUCAGGGGAGCCAGCCAAGAGCUGCUAACGACGGAGAUUCUUUCUGAAUGCUGUGGAAAGCACUUCGCAACGCCCGGUCAAAGUCGUUCCCUCGACCUUCCCAAGCUUUCCUUGGAGGACUUGGCUCAGUGCAUGCAGCACGGCAGCUUCGUUGGCCAAAGUGGCUUCAUGCUACAGCAGACAGACAGCUGGUUCGUCUCCUUGUACGAGUUCAUUUUUGCGGAAUGGCAGCAGGACAAGGCCAGUAGGCUGGCGAUUAUUCGGGAGAUGCCCAUCUUCCCGGUGGAAGGACGACCGGACCUGGCUCGACUGCAGCAUCCGAAAAUCUUCACAUCCUUGCCCACAUCUCCAGGCUGGGCCUUGGAGUUCGGCCCAAGGCUGGGCUUGCGGAUGCUGCGUGCCUCGCUGGCGACGUCUCUGUGGAAACGCGGGGGGCCGGCGAUGCAGCUGUUGCAGAGCCUUGGCGUGACGGAAGCACCGCUAAGCGAGUUGCUCCACGCUGCGAGGUUGGUCCACAUGUCUCACCCCAUCGAGGCAGACGCCCUGGCAGCAUCCCUGCGCGUUCUCCGGGAUUUCAACCUCGGACGCCUCAAGAUCGACGAGACAGGUGCCGAAGGUGCCACUUGCGCCGGCAAUCUUGAACUCCAGCUGCAAGUCCCGACAACCAGCGGCACUCCCAUCAUGCUCGGGGCGGUGAGCCUUCCACAUGUGCUCGGGAUUGCUUGCCCUGAACCCUUGGCGUGCAGCGACUACACGAGUCAAGAAGAUGCGCUUGCCUGGGAAAGCUUCUUCCUGGCGAACGGCGCGAAGUGGCCAGCUCUGGAUGUAAUUCUGCCAAAGCUUGCUGUGGCCAUUAGCCAAAUCGUUUUGCCUGAGGAGCCGUGGGCUACGACUUUGCUGGAGGCCUUGAUGGCGGAGCUGCAGAACCAGAACCUUGUGGAGCCGCUUCAGGAUGUGGAGGUCUCCGUUCUCGACUGUCACUUCCCGCUGAGGCGCUGCUUUGCGGUGGGAGCGGUCACUAUUCCGGUGCUGGCGGCUUGGCUGCCUGUGCCUGAGAAGCUCACGGCGGUGCCCGCAGUGCUUGAGUUUUUGGGCCUUCAUGUUGAUGUCUCUUCCGAACGCUGCUGGGUGGAUGCCUACGAAUUCUUGUGCCUACAGAAAUGCUGCGAGAGAGGUGCCUUCGAGUAUGUCUUGAAAAAGCUGAGUGAACAAGAUUUGGGCGACCCUGGUGUUUUUGGCUUCGAUCGAGAAGUGCUCGUUCCUCAGCUUCGUGGCUUCAGAAGAAGUUCCGUCUUGGUUUGGAAGGCGCCCUCUGCCAAAAUUGCACAGCUUGCUGGCCAAAUCCAGCUUUGCGACCAGUACGAUGCGAGUUUGGAGGAAGUCCUCGUGAGGGUUUUCCGGAUUGAGCGCGAGUUGAGCUUCUAUCGUCUCGAACAGGCCCUGAUGCAGUGCCUUGCAGGGUUUUGUGGAUUCCAGGAUCACCUGGUGCUAUCCCAAAUAUACGAGGCAAUGAGCAAGACGGUCGUCCCGCAAUUCCAACGUGCGAGUGUGCCCGUCAUCAUGCCCGUCGGCAAAAUUGCGAGGCAGGUUCCCCUCGCCGACGCUUAUUGGGACGUGAAACCCAGUGAUGCCCACCUGCCCGAAGCCCACCGAGCACUGAGUCGCUUCUACGAGCCCGGCCUGCGCAGCUUCUUUGUGGAAACCUUGGGCGUCCAGGAGUUUGGGAGCUUCGAAGACUUCUACUCGGUCUUGGAGCUGGCUAGGGGCGCGAGUCUGGAGGAGGUGAGGGCUGCUUACAAGCGCCUGGCCCUACGGUGGCAUCCCGACAAGGCCGUGCAUCGUGGCGUCGACAGGCAAGAGGCGGAGCGGAAGUUCAAGGAGAUCGGAGAGGCGUACGAAGCCUUGAAAAGGAAGCUGGAGAGUUCAGGUGCAAAUCCCCAGCCCCAGAGCCGAAGAUCUGAGAAUGAGCCCUUCGACCCCUACAGAGUCUUCAGAGAAACUUUCUUCAACUCUGCGAGUGCCUCGAGCCCUUCGACGCCUGCCAGCCCGCACGCUCCACGUGCGAGAGCAGCGCAGCCAUCGCAGUCCUCGUCGCAGUCUUCGCAGAACCUGUCGCCUUUGCCCCUCCCCCAGGCCCAGGCGGAAGCAACGCGGCAGAAGCUCCGGGAAGCUUUCGAAAGUGCCAAGCAGAGGCCAGCGAGGCCCUGGUGGAAGCGGCAGCAAAAGCCUCGGACACCCAGCCCGGAAUUUGAGGAGGCACCCGAUGCUUUCGAGGUCGGUGCAGAAGCGGAGUUUAUCGUUUUUCAACACUUCAAGGAGCUCUUGAGCUCUUUCGAUGAGAGGAACUGGAUGUCUAGCAACCGGGCCUGGUGGUUCCCGGAGUGCUUGUGGCCGCGUCCGGAUGACCAGCUGGGCUACGACUUCGAAUGGAUUGAUCGCGACAAUUUCUAUGGCAAUGGCUAUGGCUGCCGAGUCAGGUUCGAAGUCAAGGGGACCGGAGACCGUGAAUUCACUCAGGGCUAUCUCUCCGGCAAUGAAUGGGAGGUGGCACAGGAUAGUGACCUGUACAUCUUGGUCUGUGUCAGCAACGUCCGGAAGAACAGAGCCGACCCUGUCCGAAUCGACUUCUACCCGGAUCUCGAGCAGGAAGUGGAGAAGGGACGCCUGCACUUGCGCGCGCUGAAGUACAGACUGAGCAUCGGACAGGACCGCUCAGGCAGAGAUCAAUGGCAGCAAGAUUCUGUGCAGGUUGACUGGCACGAAUCUGUUUGGAACGAGGACCGCGCGGGCGGAGAUCAAUGGCAACAGGCUGACGGACCUGCUUGGAGCGAGGGCGGUUCAAACAGGGAUCGCUGGCAACCAGAGGCUGACUGGCAUGAAUCUGCUUGGCACCAGGACCGCGCGGGCGGAGAUCAAUGGCAACAGGCUGACGGACCUGCUUGGAGCGAGGGCGGUUCAAACAGGGAUCGCUGGCAACCAGAGGCUGACUGGCAUGAAUCUGGUUGGAACCAGGACCGCGCGGGCGGAGAUCAAUGGCAACAGGCUGACGGACCUGCUUGGAGCGAGGGCGGUUCAAACAGGGAUCGCUGGCAACCAAAGGCUCACUGGCAUGAAUCUGGUUGGAAUCAGGACCGCGCGGGCGGAGAUCAAUGGCAACAGGCUGACGGACCUGCUUGGAGCGAGGGCGGUUCAAACAGGGAUCGCUGGCAACCAGAGGCUGACUGGCAUGAAUCUGGUUGGAACCAGGGGCGCGCAGGCGGAGAUCAAUGGCAACAGGCCGACUCGCACGGAUCUUCUUGGAACGAGGCCCGUUCAGACAGGGAUCGCUGGCAACCAGAGGCUGGCUGGGGUGAAUCUGUUUGGAUCCAGGACGGUGCAGGCGAUGAUCACUGGCAGCAGCAGGAUGGUGGAACCAGACAUCAGUAG